GUUGGACCCGACAUCAACUCUCAUUACCUUGUCCACCUUGUGUUACAACCACUCUUUGACUAUUCCUAUUCUCACUUCGAUUCGACGUGACCAGACCUGAGAUGUCUGGGUCGAUUCUAUUCUACCUAUCGUCAUGAUACCUACACCAGAGCCCAGGAGGCUCCGCCUGAUAACGGUAAUCGCAGCCACCGUUACGGCCCUGGCCUGCGGCACCAAUUAUGGCUACUCUGUAUGGGGUCCGAGUUUCGCGGCCCGUCUGAGGUUAUCUGCUACUCACAGCAAUCUCAUCGUACGAUUUCCCCUCGAUACCUACCUACCUCUGGCGAAUUGCAACUGACGACUCAAUAUUCAGGGCACUUUUGGGAAUCUGGGAAUGUACGCAACAGGUAUACCGGCAGGGAUAAUGAUUGAUGCAAAGAGCCCAAGAUGGGGUGUGGUGUUGGGAAUCGUUCUCUUCUUUCUGGGCUACUAUCCAAUUGCCCAAGCAUACUCUGCCGGCCCAGGAGCGUACAGCGUGGCAUCCAUUUGCGUUUUCUCUUUCUUCACCGGUGCUGGCAGUUGUUCAGCAUUUACUGCUUCGAUAAAAGCUGCCGCAUUAAGCUUCCCAGAUUCGCGUGGCACAGCGACAGCGUUCCCCCUUGCUGCGUUUGGUCUUAGUGCUCUGUUCUUCACCACAAUUGCCCUCGCCCUCCCGCCCGGGGUCAACAGCUUUCUCGUUCUUCUUGCCGUUGGGACAGUUGUCCUUCCUCUUUUCUCACUUCCAUUCAUGCGCGUGCCAAAUCAGCACAACUAUCACCACAUCUCUCAGCAUGAGAACCAAGCUCUGCACCGAACCAGCCCUUCCAUAGGUCGACCAUCCUAUAACAAUUCAUCCGAACCAGGUGCGCUGAAUAAUCAUCAUCGUCAAACUGCCCAUUCCCAACCAACAUCAUCCCGACCCCCAACCAACCCCGAACCCCCCAGCACCGAGAACUCGUCUCUAUUGUCCAGGUCAUCCUCAGAAGAAGAUUUCGGCGACCUCGAAAACUCGAAACAUUCCGAAUCUGACCGCGCACAUGAGCCUCCUCAUUUAGACAUUCGCGGCUUCGCACUUCUCCCUCUCGCAGAGUUCUGGCAGUUGUUUUGCAUGCUCGGCCUUUUGACAGGUAUAGGAUUGAUGACCAUCAACAAUAUCGGCAAUGAUGCACAAGCGCUUUGGUUGCAUUACGACCCAUCUACCCCGGUAUCGUUCAUUGAAAGCCGGCAGGCCAUGCACGUUUCGAUCCUCAGCUUCUGUUCAUUCAGCGGACGCCUCCUGAGCGGCAUAGGAUCCGACAUCCUGGUGGCACGGCUCUCUCGGUCGCGAUUCUGGUGCUUGUUCGUGUCGGCGGUCAUAUUUGUGGCGGCUCAGGUGACGGCGACACAAGUGUCAAACCCUCACCUCCUCAUCUUGGUGUCAGGGCUAACUGGUCUGGCAUACGGGAUGUUGUUCGGGGUGUAUCCGUCUCUGGUGGCGCACAGUUUCGGGGUGCAUGGACUGAGUCAGAACUGGGGUACCAUGACGCUGGCGCCUGUGAUUAGUGGCAACGUUUUCAACCUCCUUUAUGGAUCCAUCUACGAUGCUCAUUCGGUGGUUAACGACCAGGGCCACAUGGAAUGUUCGCAAGGCCGGCGAUGCUAUGCGGGCGCAUACUCGGUCGCUAUGGCUGCGUCGAUUGUGUCGGUAGGCUUUUGCCUAUGGGCAAUCAGACACGAAGACCUGGUGUAUCGAAGAAGGCAGCUCGACAUGGGGUCCGGUCGGGACCGGCGUGGCAGAAGUAGUCAUGGCGAUGAUGGAUAUCAUGAGAGACUGGCAUGAUGUGUCCAUCCCCUGACUGAGGUGAGGCAGGUCUUUGACCCUCUUGAGCGUCAGCCUCCCCUUUCUAUCAUCUGCAUCGCGAUCCUAUCCGCACGAGGACCUAAACUAGACGUUAGACAGUUAUUUAUACAUAUAUCAUUACGCAACGCCAGCAUCACGACACCAGGGGAUGGGAUUUUGACUGGCGUGGAAGGUCGGAGUGGGACAAUGAACAUAUACCAAUGACAGAAAGGUCAUGCAUGGAGCGACGGUGAUGGGAGAUUACUUGGAUGGAAAGAUAUGAAUUUGAUUGAUACAGAGGUCACUGAUAGAUACCUAAUAUCAUAGUGUCUUGAGUUUGAA